AUGAUGAACCUUCAUGUCGCUCUUUUUUCUUCCAUCCUUGCUAUUGGAUCGAACGCGCAUCCACUAGGCGAGCCUGGGCGCGACAAGAGGCAUGUCAUCGCUAACCUCCGUAGGAACAGCUUCGCCGUGCGUAGACAGAGUACCACUGUGAAGCUGCAGAACGGUACUCAGCCGGUCUUUGACGCUCCCUUGGUGCACAUGGAAGUCCAGGGCCUCCUCGGCAAAUACUCCAUGGCCUCCGACUUCCUGAACGGCAUCAGCCUCAACCCCGACACACAGCCCGACACCGGGUACGGCCCCUUCAACGACACCCCGAUCCUCCAGUACUUCGCCAACGCCUCGAAGCCGUCCUCGCUCCUCACGCAGCCGCAGCCACUCUCCGCGCGCGACGGCGGCGGCGGAGCAGCGGCGGGCGCGGAGCCGAUCCUGGGGCUGCCCGACGAGCCGUACGCAAGCUUCGAGCUCAUGCCGCUCACGGACGACGUCGCGGGCGGGAUGGACGUGUCGUACUACGGGCCGCUCAAGUUCGGCACGCCCGCGCAGGCCCUCACGGUCUCGGUCGACACGGGCAGCGCAGACCUCUGGGUGCCCGUCGCGUGUCCGGGCUGCUCGAACGCGCAGUUCGACGCCGCCGCGAGCUCGACGUUCCGCAGCACGGGCCGGCGCGCGAGCGUCACCUACGGCGCGGGCCGCGUCGCGGGGACGGUCGCGAGCGACACCGUCGCGCUCGGCGCGCUGAGCGUCGACGCGCAGCGCUUCGUCGCGGUGCGCACCGAGUCGCAGGACUUCAUGGACUACCCGUCGAGCGGCCUGCUCGGGCUCGCGUUCCGGAGCAUCAGCCGCAUGGACGCGCCGACCUUCUUCGAGGGCCUCCUCGCGGGCCGCAAGCUCGCCGCGGGCAUCUUCAGCACGCACCUCACGCGCGGCGCCGAGGACGGGAGCCAGAUCUGCUUCGGGUGCUACGACCUGACGAAGACGACGGGCCCGGUCGAGUGGCUGAACCUGACAAGCAAGACCUAUUGGACUGUGGCGAUGGACGGUCUCGCUGCAGGUAAGAACCGCACGGAGCCUCUGAGCAUCAUUGCGGCAGUCGACACCGGUUCCUCGCUCAUCCUUGUUUCCGAUGACGUAGCCAGACAGUUCUAUGGACUAAUUCCUGGUGCACAAGAUGCAAGCGCGACGUACGGUGGCGGAUUCUACACCUACCCGUGCGCAAGUCCUGUGACAAGCUCCCUCGUCUUCUCUGGCCGGCCGUACAUGAUACACCAGGACGACAUGAACUUGGGCAAGCUCAGCGACGAUUCGGAUGAUUGCGUAGGUGGGAUCAUCGGCAUCAGCUCAGACUACGGAUUGCCCGCCAACCUGGCCAUCAUCGGGGACGUCUUCCUCAAGUCGUGGUACGUCACCUUCGACUACGCAGGCUCGCGGCUCGGGCUGGCUCCGAGCAUCAACAAUCGUUAG